AUGGACACGGCGCUCGCCGGAGGCUCCUGCCCUGCCUCCAACCUCACCCAGUUCGUUGCGGCAACGUCGUUCCCGAACACCGGCACCGAUUCAACCCAACUCGUUCUGGCCGCAGCAGCAGUUUCCUUCACCAUGGCGUCUCUCAAGGAGCCUCGACGCGUCGCAGAGAUCAUGCUCUCCUGGCUGGGCCUCGACCUCGUCUCCAUCGUCGAGCUCCAGACGCUGUGGGCCGGCUACGGUCACAUCUGCGCCAUCACCGCUCGCCCGAGUGACGCUGUCAAUGGAAACUUCGACGCGAGCGCCAUCUCGCCGGCGCUGCGGCCGGACGCGCAAGGGUCGUAUCGCCUCGUUAUCAAACUCAUCUCGCCGCCCCGCGCCAAGGCUGGGGAUGAGGGGCAUUUGCGCAAGAUGCUCAGCUACGAAGUCGAGCAGUACUUCUACUCGGAAAUCGCACCAAAACUCAGCGACGAUGUCGCGAUUGCGAAGUGCCUCGCUUCGACGCGAGACAUGACUGGCAAGCCACGCGCCAACGAGCUGGAGGCCUUGAUGGCGACCAUCAUCACCGAUCUUCGCCCUCAAUUCCCCGUCGCGGGCGAGAAGAGACUGGUCCUUAACCGAUUGCAAGUCAGAGCUGCGCUAGACUGGCUCGCCAAGUAUCACAGCAGUUCGUGGGAAUCACUGCCGGAUGACCUGAACCGAUUUCUCUUGCCGCCUUUGGAUGAGCAAAAACGCAGAGACUCUGGUCAAGCACCCGCAGACCCCAAGCUGUGGCUGAACGGGGGAUACACCUACCUGGCGACGAGGCGAAAUGAGUACGGCUCCUUGUGUCAGGACGACUACUCCGAAUGGAACUCGGCUUUCUGCGACGACGGCUCCUCCAAGUCCGUCGCCGAGUUGGUAGCUGACUUUCUCACGCCCUCCGGAAGGCCGUUCGAAUCCUACAUCCAUGGCGAUGUGAAGUCUGAGAACCUGUUCACCACGCAGGCCGGCGACAAGGUUGUCUUCUUCGACUUUCAAUACGCCGGACUGGGCGUCGGAACCUGCGACCUCGCCAAGCUCUUUACCUGCUCAGUACCUCUUGAGAUGCUCACGCAGCAUGAGGAUAUACCCGAUCAGCUGCCCAUGGAUAAAGGAGAGAAAGCAUUGCUGGAACAGUAUCGGGAAACACUGUUGAAGGAGAGACCUUCAGGGAAGGGCCCAUCGGAGUACGAUUGGGAUGUUUUUGUCCGCCACUGGGAGACGGCGUUAGUCGAUUGGUGCCGAUUCCAGGCGUCUUGGGGAUUCUGGGGAAACACGGAGUGGUUAGAAGCAAGAGUUAGAUCUAUUUUGGCGGACGAGGGCUGGGUAGCCUGGCUGAAGAAGGAGGUGACAAAGGAGUAG